GAAGAUUGUUAACUAAAUCCAAAUUUCAAUCAGACAGUUAAAACCAGACAGGAUGACUUGCUACAGCAUCUCUUCACAAUACAGCUUAAUUUUAUUAAUAGCUGUUACAGGAUGGUUUCUUACAGAAACUAGUGAGAAUGUAGAGAAUGUUUACAGCGAAGCUGGGCGUACAGUACUCAUAAAUGUUUGCAAUCAAAGCUUCAAUAUGGAAAAUGACUUACGGUGGUUAAAAGGGAAGUUGCAGAUAGUUGCACGAUAUCGAAAUGGUUCUAAAGUGUAUGGAAAAUUUAAGCAUAGAGUUGAAGUUUUUUCAAAUGGCACACUGAAAUUUAACAUCAUAACAAAAGACGAUGAAGGAGAUUAUAAAUUUGAAGUACAUAAUAAGGAAGGAAAACUUCAAUGCAGUCAAGAUUUUAAAUUGCAUUUACUUGAGAAACUAUCAACACCAGUAUUGAAUAUCAGUUGUAUCUCUGAGCGAGACAUAUUCAUGUCAUGUGAGGUUCGUGGAGGGAUUCCAUUUAACUUCUAUUUGAAUAAUCUAAAACUCACUGAAGACAAUGCUGCGUUUUCAUCUGAUGGAAAGAAGGCUACACUGAAGAAUUCUACCUCUUUACUUGGGAAUAAAACAUUCUUCUGUAAAGUUGAAAACCCAAUUAGUAAAACCCAGACUGCUCCAAGAGAACUUACCUGUACAGGUUCAGAAGAAGGUCAUCAUUAUGUGCAGGUUAUUAUUGUUCUGAUGGUGGUGCUUUUUAUGAUUAUUCUUGUGGGUGUGGCAUAUUUCUUUCUCCGGAGAUAUCUUUAACAACAUCUGCAAGACAAUGGAAGCUGGGAAUCAGUGAAGAAGUAGGCAUUAAAAUGCAAUGUGUGCGGUGCAACAAAGUGAGCUCAGGAAAAAAAAACGAUUAAGCAACUGGCCUGCAGGAUAUUCAAGUAUUUGACUGUGGCCUUGCUGAGUUAAAUACAAGCAAUUAUCCAUAAAUUUUUCUUCACAGUUGAACGGAACCAUAUGCUACAUCAAUUUGAGUGAUUGAACUUUUGUCAGUUUUGCAAAUUAGUUUUAUCUAUUUUUUUUUAAAAUCCUGUUUCCAGAGAUGUUCCGCUCAGAGGUUUGAGAAACAAAUGAAAAUCUCUGCAUUCAGCAUUAAAUUAUUGUUGCAGAUUUUGCUUUGUGAAUGCCUAGACACUGAACAUUUUCUCUGAGGACGUGACUCACCUAAAUGUGACUAUCUCCUAAAUGUAGCCUGAUUUCCUUUGUGCCCAUUUGUGUGCAUAUUUAACUCACUUUGAUUGCUUUACUUUCCACCUUCUCUUGGUCACUUUUCUCAUGUUUCUUACUUUUCUAAGAAAUAGUCAUGUUUUUUCCUAGCUCUCCCCUCUUGGGUACUCUGCUGUUCUAUUCCUACUUUAAUCUGUUGCUGUUUCCCUAUCUCUCUUGUUGUCGUUCCAGGCUUGGAUUUUGUUUGGAUAAAUCUAAGGCUACCCUUUAUGCAUCUCUUAGCAUUCUCAGAAACGUGGUACCUAUCAUUGCACCCUUUUAAGUAGCAAUCUCAAAUUCUCCUCCUUACCCAAAUAGCUAACAUCAAUGUUUACACUUACCCAAACCACCCAUAAUCACUUUGGAGUCUGUCAACAGAAGAACUCUCGAUGUGCUUCUCUGCAUUUCUAUUUUGAAUAUGUAUUCACUCAAACAAGGAUAAACCAUCCACAAUGAUCCUAUAGAUAAUUGCAUUAGUGUUAUGGCUUUACUAAAGUUUGGCUUUAGUGGAUCCUUAUUGAAACUUUGAGGCUGAUGAAACAUUCAAUAUCUGGCAAAGCCAAACUACUGGAGUAUGACUUGUUGGCAAAACACACCAUGAUCUCUAACCCAUUUCUCUUUGUGUACCCUCUUCCGAAAGCGUUUCAGCAUGUUCCAUCUUCUCACAAUGAUUAUUUUUCAUGGUUCUUCAAAACCACCCUGAGAUGCCGUUCCUUCUUUUCCCUUGUAUCUGCACCAAGUGAUUCUCAUCCUCAAUAAUUAUGGUCUUUACUUUGAUUCACCUCUACCUCAUUCCAUCCUCAUAUUCUGCAAGAAGUAUGAGGAGUUUGAUGAGUUUCUUCUUCACUAGUUUAAUACUAACUGUUCAGUUGGUUCUGCUGCAUUCUCUCCUAUCUUUUCUCAUAAACUGAAACUCUCAGGUUUCCUUCUUGCCUUGCAAUGAUCCUGCAUGUUUCUGUCGUAUCUCUCCUAAUAUCAGAGUCAAUCUGAUCUUUAAGAUCCACUGCCAGCUCUUGAUGUCAUUCUCAUACUCAUCUGCUGAUCCCCAGUUUUAGCUGAUGUUGUAAAUUAUCUAUCUGCUUAGAUAGGCCUCUUUCUCAAAAUUGCAAUACUUACCAUAUUUUCUCAACCCAUUUGUCACUACAAACUGCCAUCUCAUUUUCUCUUCUUCUCCAGAGUGCCUGAAAGCAUUCUCACCUCUGAAAUUUGCAUCCACUUUAACAAAAUCUCUUGGUCAAAAAUUGAGAUCCAUGGCACCUCUGCAGAUGGCACCAUGAAAGCGAACCAACCACCCAUUGGCGUGUGCUACCCUGCCAUAAUUUCCAGUGUUGCCCCUGUUCAAUUGUGACAACCCUGCCAAUUGACCUAAAAUCCGUUUUCCAAAUUUAGAUCAAAAAGUCCAUUCAACAGGUUCACAUGUCAUUCAACAAAGAUCAAGCACUCAUAUGAAUUAGAGCAGAGCACAAACAUUAUUGAAGAGCCAGGAACCCAAUUUGCAGCUAAGAUAAUUAUGAAAAAUGUAUGAUAUUGAAAUUAAGUGGAAAGGCAAAGAUAUAGGUAAUCCGUUCCCUGUGACAGCUAAAGGCUACAGUUGCAGUCUAUCUGUAUCUACAGCACAACAGAGAUUAAACAGAACAGAAACCAUGGCGUGGGAAAGCUCAGCACAAUGCCUCCUAUCAAUUGGAAGCUGGACUCUUCCAUGGUUCUCAAGAGAAAUCUGAUUGCAAAGUCAGCCAUGGCACCAGCAUUUCAGUGCUCUUGUUCAUAAGUGUCCUCCUGUAUGCCGCCCCUGUCAGUGUCCAAAUGUAGGUUCUCUGGAGCAAAUGUUGUCCACACUUCACCCUCCAGUAAGCAGGCAAACCAUCCCUUACCCUUGGCCUAGCUGCAACCCAAUCGUACCUGCAUGAAUGACCGUGUUAUGAUCCCAACUUUCUAUGAACCUCCAAUGUUGGUGCAGCAGCAGUGUCUGGGUUUGGGGGUGGGGGGGUGACUAUGAGUGUCAGCACAGGCAACAGGACUCCUCUGGGAGCACUGUUCUGUUGUUGUUUCUUUCCCCCCUUGAGUGCUUGUGCUGGGCAGCUAUGUGUCAGAAAACAGAACUGAGAAGAGAAAAGUUGUGGUAGCAGGAGAGGUACAGGAUUGGGUGUAAAACAGGCAGCUUGCUCAUUGGGCUAGAAAGCAGGAUGAGAGCAAGAUGGAAGUACGAAAGUAUCAUAAGCCAGAAAAACACCAUUAUCUUGAAUGAUCUCAGCGAUGCUGAUUUCAUCUGCCUCAAUAAUGCAGUUAUCUCCUCCAUAGGACUCAGGAGAAGUAGCUGUCCAUACCCCCAUCAGCUCUGCUCUUUUUUACUCUGUGAUGUCAUGUCCUCCACGGGACAAGGAAGAACUCCAGAGAAGGUGUUGCUCUAUUUCUUUGAGUGAAGUACCUUCUGUGACUGUAGAGCUGAAUGUUGAGGCAUCGAGGGGUUCGUGUAAGGCUACCAGGCUUGGUAGUGGUGUUACGAUAAAGUAGAGCAUUUGGAUGCUAUGCACAAGAGCUAUAUGCCAGGGAGUGUUGCUGGGUGGGUGUUGGAUGUGGUGUAUUGAUCAGCUUGAAAGGUUAGUGGAGAUAUCAUGAGAAGAGGACGGCACAGUGGCUCAGUGGUUAGCACUGCAGCCUCACCGCGCCAGGGAGCCACGUUCGAUUUCAGACGCGGGCUGUGUGAAGUUUGGACAUUCUCCCCGUGUCUGCGUGGGUUUCCUUCAGGUGCUCCGGUUUCCUCCCACAAUCCAAAGAUGUGCAGGUUAGGUGGAUUGGCCAUGCUAAAUUGGCCAUGGUGUUCAGGGAUGUGUAUAUUAGGUGGAUUACAGGGGGAUGGGUCUGGAUGGGAUACUCCAAGCGGCGGUUUGGACUUCUUGGGCCGAAGGGCCUGUUUCCACACUGAAGGGAAUCUAAUCUAAUAUCAAGAUGGACUGUACGUCUUAAGGAGGGUUUGACAUCUGUGUUACCACUGCAGGUCCUUGAGUCAGAGGCUGUGAAUUGACCAGGCCAUUUGCUCCUAUUCCCUUCUGAAGGUUGUACUGAGGGUCCCUUGGCCCCCUUCAGAACCAUGGCUACGCUCUUUCUGCCCAUCUCCAGUACUGUAGCCAUGACUCUGGAACCCUCUGUCUACCCUGAUGUUCCAUUUUCUGUGUUUAGAAGUGCAGCAAUAGUAUUCACCAACAGCCUGCUAAGUCCAGUGGAUCUCCACUCUGACAGACAGAGCACACCAAGUGCCAUCAAUAAUUGCAGAAGCAGCCGGCAGCACAGUGGACAGUAUUACAUUGCAAUCAGAUAACCAAGGUGGCAACAUCAAAUUUGUGUGCUGCCAAUCUCCAACCAGACAGUCAUCAGAGGAAGUCAUCAAUCAUGAACCCCAAACACAAACUAAUUUUUUCAUCCCUCCAUAUUUUAAUCUUUCCGUGUUUUGUUCCUACCAUAGCAUUGCAACAAUCCUACUUAAAGUUGUAAAUGAUAACUAUUGCCUUCUUGUUCUUGAAUUCACAGAAACCUUUGAUGAAGUUGACACUCACCCGUGCAAUAUUUUCAUUGUCUAACUUAAUGCAAGUGCUUCAGAGAUAGUAGAAACUGCAGACGCUGGAGAAUCUGAGAUAACAAGGUGUAG